AUGAACCGCUUGUUUCUCUAUAUCGGACUUGGUGCGGUGAUGAUGGAUUCCAUCAUCGAGCUAGCCUUUGUUACAAGCAUGGUCAGCUGGCUACAUAGGACGGCAAGCGGCACAUUUUCCGUCAGAUUCAACGGUUCUACGUUUGAUUUAAUCGGCGAGCCCAGAUAUCUCUCGGUGGAUCAGGGGCAUUCGAGCAACGGCUCCGCGGGAACGGCUUUUGUCAUUGUUGGACUCGGUGGCAUUUUGGCCCUCUGGCUCCGAAGCAGAUCGAACUUCCGUAACAGUAGACUGAGCGUUCUGUUUUACCGCACCUGGCUCGUUUUUACCGUUUUAGGCACGAUAUUUACCUUGGCCACGCUGGCUUACGUCUUUGUUGUGACAAACGGUCACAAGGGGCAAACUAUCGACGUUGCCUUUGCCUCGACACUAGUCGAUACCAGAUACACUAAGGAAACUUGGACACCGCAGGGCUGGUUUACAGCUGUUCUACAGCUAGAUCUCGCCAGUGCUAGCCAAAGGAAUGACAUUGCGCAGCAUCUACGGAUAAUGCGAGGCUGGCAAUACAACUUGAUACCCAUGUUCCUUCUUCAGCUUACUCUUACGUGUCUCGCUCUCUUUGAUGCAAUGAGUUCAAGACAAAGGGGCGAAUCCGACUCGAUCGAAGAGACGAACAAGCGUUUCAUAGCCGAUAAUCGCUCAUAA